AUGCAAGCACAGACGAGCGAGUGUAUCACCUAUAACAUUGAUGCUUCCAUCACCAAAAAACAAGAGCUUGUUGAGUGUACGUACAAUGGGAAGCGAGCGUUACCCGCAGGAUGUUUAUUUGUUGCAAGUUUAGACGCCACGAAAUCGAAAGAACAUCUUCAACAGAUUGUGGGCAAACAUUUUUCGCAAUGGGGCCAGCUUCUUUGUGUUAAAGUUCUCAGAGAUUGGGCAAACCGCCCUUACUCGUUUGUGCAAUAUGAGAAUGUCAACGAUGCAGAUGUUGCCUUAAAAGAAGCUCAUGGCUCAUGGAUCGAAAAUCGACGAAUUAGGGUGGAGAAAGCCCGUGUAAAUAGGACCCUUUUCAUAACUAGGUUGCAUCCGAAUCGCGUUGAAGAGGAAAUCAGGAGCAUAUUUGAGCCAUUUGGUCCACUCGAAGAAAUCAACGUACCAAAAAAUUUUGUUACGGGUCGUAAAAAGGGAGGCGGUUUUGUUAAAUUUUGUUAUAGGGAUGAUGCUAUCAAUGCAUUUAACACCCUUCGUCAAACGAGCAAUUAUUUUCUCGAAUGGGUAGAAAAUCUCGAGAAACCCCUAUCUGAAGAAGAGGAAGAAGACAUACAUUCGAUAUACAUCGGAAACUUGAACGAAAAACUCGUAACCAAGAAAAUAUUAUAUGAAAAAUUUGAGCAAUAUGGAAAAAUUGAAGAUCUCCACUUAGUCAACCGUGGCAAGAAACACAACAUACCAGCUUACGCAUUUAUCAAAUACCGCGAUGUGUUAUCGGCUGAGGAAGCCAUAAGUCACGAGAAUAACAAGAUAUUCCUAGAACGCCAGAUAAAAGUUCAGAGACGCCUUACGCAGGAAUAUCGAAAUUUCCAACUCGAACUCAACCGCCAACAUAACGAAAUGCGUUGGCGAUCAUUUGGAUAUUAUAAGAAUAUACAUUGUUCCAACUUUCUGACAGAUCAACAUCAAUCCGGUUCCUCUAUUUAUGCAAACAUUGUUCAAACAAAUCAAGAAUCUGUUGGCAUACCUCCGUUAAUGUUUUAUAGCCCUGUGCCAAUGUUUCCACCUUAUUUCGGAGAUGUUUCGCCAACUUUACCAACGCCACCGGGAAAUUUUAUGAUGACGUAUCUACAGCAACAAUAG